UUCAAGAGCCGUAUUUAGGAACUUGAACCAAUAGAAUUGCUCUAUUUAGCCAUGGUUUUCCUAACACUCUCUUCUUUAUUUAUUACUACUAGCUAGCAAAGCUCACUUCUCAUUGGCUUCUAGCUAACAUCUCUCUCUCUCUCUCUCUCUUGUUCCACUGAUCACCAACUUCAUAGGUGAUCAUCAAAGAGCUUCCCUUCAAAUAUGAAGUUCUUUAGCUGGAUGCAAAAUAAGUUCAAUGGCGGACAAGGGAACAGAUCAAUGCCUAAUGAAGUUCAAACCAAAAAUCAGACAAAUCAAGAACGUCCUCGCAACGAAGAAUUCAACGGUUGGCCUGAUUCGUUAUUAGCCAUUGGAACUUUUGGUACCAGCAGCAGUAAUCUCAAAGCAAAAUCAGAGAGCCAAAACGUACAAAAUCAAGAACGGGAUGAAAUAAUCUUAGAUGAUAAUAUUAAUGAGCAAAGUUCCUCUCCAGAUUUAGCAGAAUUCACACCUGAAGAAGUUGGUAAAUUACAGAAAGAAUUAACAAAGUUAUUAUCAAAAAAACCAGCUGCUAAAUUAAUUGAUCAAGGACGACAAGAUGGUGAUCUCCCAUUGGAUAGAUUCCUUAAUUGCCCUUCAAGUUUAGAAGUGGAUCGUAGGGCUUCUUCCAGCAGAUUUAGCAGUACUAAUUACUCAGAUAAUUAUGAUAAUUAUGAUGAGGAAGAAAUUGAUAGAACUAUUAGAGCAAUCAUUGGAAGAUGCAAGGAUCAUGUUUGCAAGACAAAUAAAAAGAAAGUAAAUGGGAUGAAAUCCAUUUCUUUCCUUCUCAAGAAAAUGUUUGUUUGCUCAAGUGGUUUUGCUCCUACUCCUAGUUUACGAGAUACAUUUCCAGAAUCAAGAAUGGAGAAGCUUUUAAGGACAAUACUUUCCAAGAAAAUAAUAAACCCUCAAAAUGCAGCUCGAGUAUCAACAAAGAGAUACUUAGAGGACCGAUGUGUACCAAAGGAAGAGGAAGAGGAGAAAAAACGGGAGAAAACUUGUGAUGGAUCUAAGUGGGUGAAGACUGAUUCUGAUUUUAUUGUUCUGGAAAUUUAAUAGGCCUCUAUGGAUAAAUGGGAUGUUCAAAAAAUACUCUCCUUUUUUUUUUCUUCUGAAGAUGAAGAAAAUAAGACAUAGUAAUUAAAAACCAUAUGUGUUUAAUUCCGAGCUCGUUGGCUUUCAAAGAUGGAGAUGAUUUCACAGGCAAAUGAAUGAGUACCCUCCAGUCAGUGUACAAAGAUGGCAACUUGUUUAUUUUUGCAGGAUACUUCUUUACUCAUAUUUUUCCAUGGUUGUAUUCCCCGAUAUGGAUACAUCACAUGUUGUGUUAUGUUACUGAAGAAUCUUGCGAUUUGUA